AUGGUCAUUCUCGAAUCGGGAUGCUUACCUACCGGGAAUGACGCAUCGCCGUUCACUCCGUCUUCAACAUUUAACCUGACCAGUGACACUACCAAAUUUCCAGCUGUUUAUAAUACCGGAAGUUUCUACAUGCCUCGAUAUGAAAACAAAGCCGAUGUGUACCUUAGAUGUAGAUUGGAUUUAUGCUUUCGAUUAGAUGACACAUCAUGUACAACGGAUAUAUGUCAGGUGCGGAAACGUCGAAACGCAGACACCAGUGAAGACUCAGCUGUCAUAGGACUACAUGUUACCGUCAUAGGGAAACAGUCAGGACAACUUCAGAGUUCACAAGAUCACACUCUGGCAGCUGAGGAAUAUUGCAUUGAAGAUCAUGGCUUUUUAGGGGUGGUCGGUGUUCUUGGCUUCCUCGUGUUAGUGGCACUUAGUGUAACGUCAUAUCUCUAUUGUCGAGUUAGGAGGACAUUUACUCGGAAUCAUUUUUAG